AUGUCUGCCUCAAGACUAUCGCAAUCGGAGUACGUGACACUGGUCUCUGGCGAUGGAUUCGAGUUCGUCAUUCCUCGAAGCACAGCCUGUGUCUCAGGCACGAUACGCCGCAUGCUGGAACCUUCAAGUCGAUUCUCCGAAUCCGUGACCGGUCGCUGUGUGCUCGAGAAUAUCAGUGGCGUUGUCCUAGAGAAGGUGUGCGAGUAUUUCUGCUACAACCAGAAGAACAAGAAUCAGACUUAUGUCCCUGAUAUGGAUAUUCCGCCCGAGUUGUGUCUGGAAUUGUUGAUGGCGGCUGAUUAUUUGGAUACAUGA